AUGAGAAUAGAAAACGAGCUUGAGCUACUCCAAUUGACAGGUUUGAGUGUGUUUUCGCUGCUAGUGUAUUCCACCGGGUAUCAAAAAACCCUUCUGAAUGAUUUUGUGUUUUGUAUAGUGCCUCAGUACCUUGCAAUCAUGUAUCCAGAUAGCGUUGGAAACAUUUACAUAUGCCUGGCGAUGAUGAUAAGUUAUUCGGGAAUUGAGAAUAAAACAAGCAGAAAUGAUCCACAAACACGGGUGAUCGACAUGAUGCGGUUUGUAGUAUCGCUUUUGGUGGUCAUUGCAAUUUAUGCAGCAGACUUUUCGAUGUUUGACCCAAGGCUUGGAAAGUUCCACUUCUUUGGAAUCGGGCUGAUGGAUAUCGGCGUGGGCAGCUUUAUUUUCAACGGAGGGAUUAUAGGAUAUAAGAGCCAAUCGCGGCGAUAUUUUAAAUCGUGUCCUGUUCUUCUUGUGCUUGGACUCACUAGGUAUUUUGUAGUUGAGCAGUUUGGAUUGAAUGUGAAUCCAAGGGAGUAUGGGAUGCACCUAAACUUUUACUUUCUGCUCGCAUUUGUGAACGUGAUGUAUGCAAUAGUCAGAUCCAGGCAUGAUUUUGUUGUUGGGCUGUGCAUGAUUACAGUGUAUGAGGUAGUGCUGAAGUGCACGGGGUUGACGCAUUUUCUGCUCUCAGACAGGAGAGAGACGCUGCUUGAGAAAAAUAAGGAAGGCGUGCUUGCGAUUAUUCCGUAUCUCUCGAUAUUUCUAAUGGCCACCGCAGUUGGCAAAAUAUGUUUUUCUGAUAUGAAGAGAUACAGGAAGGGAUUCGGGAUGCUGGGAAUUACGGCAAUCUUUGGCUGCCUGUAUGUUGUGUUCAGUGUGAUGAACGAGGCUUCUCGAAGGCUGGGGAAUGGAGCAUUUGUGUUUUGGGUUCUUGGCCUUCAUAGCCUGCACAUGACGGUGUAUUUGCUUUUUGAGAGCAUGUUUGAUUUGCAUGUGCCUUUGAUGAUGCGGUUCAGCAGCUCGAACAUGAUGUUUGUUUUUCUGUUUUCAAACCUGUUGGUUUUGGCAGGGAACAUGAUGUUUGAGCUGAAAGCGUUUUCUGCAUUGGAAUCUCAUGCAAACAUGCUUGUGUAUCUGGUGAGUGUUUUUGUGAUUCCUGCAGUUUUUGCAAGCACAUUUGACCUGAGGCGCAUUGGUCUUAAGUAUAGAGCGUGA